AUGUCUGACGAUGAUCCAAUAAUCGAUGGUCGUCCAUUAUCAACGCUAAAAGUUGCUGAAUUGAAGGAUGAGCUUGAAAGAGUGGGUCUCGCCACGAAAGGCGUCAAAGCUGUUUUGCAAGACAGAUUGAGAGAGGUGAGUGUUUUCACUUGUUUUUGGGCUAUAAAAAAGUUUGAAAGGGAAUUCAUUUUGAUGAUGAAAUAGAGGAAAAUUCACGAAAUCAAUCGAUAAAACCUGAAAUCAAUUUUUGUUUUAGUUUUUGGCUGGAGAUCGUGUACCGAUUGUGAAACAAGAAAGUCCAUUGGUUGCCGAAUAUCGAGCCAAACAACAAAAAGCAUUGGCUGAAGCAAGAGCUGCGGAUCGUAAGAAUUUAGGGGAACUUUUUGGGUAAAUUUUGAUAAAAAAUAUAAAAAUUUGCUGGUUUUCUUUGAUUUUGAGCUGAAAAAUCGUACUUUUGAUGUAAAACUUGAAAUUUCCAAGAUUUUCAUCUAAAAAUGUGUGAAAAUUCAAAUUUUCUUCCAGCGCGAAACAAAAAAGUGGAGGAAGAUCAACAAGUGAGCUCAACAAAACCAGCACCAGAGGAAGUGGCCAAAAAAUUGGAAGAUGAACCAGUUAAGCCAGUUGAGCCCGAGCCACAAGUUCAGCCGGUCUUGGCUGCAGUUCAGGCUGAUCCAGAGCCGGAAGCCGAAGUCUCGUCAUCCGGAUCUUCGUCUUCAACUUCAGAAUCCUCGUCUUCGAGUUCGUCCGGAGCUUCGUCGGCAAAUUCGACGCCGCGGAAAUUGGAAGAGCAAGAAGAAGCGGAAAAUGUGGAAAAAAUUGAGGAAGAAUUAGAGAAGGAAGAGGAGGAAAAAGAAGAAAUUGAGGAGGAAAAUGGAAAAGAUGGUGAGGAAUUUUGAGAGCAGGAAAUACUGUAUGUACCUUUGAAAACCCGACAUUUUGUGGAAAAAGUUAGAAUUUGGGGGAAAAAUAAGGCUUCUUUGCACAAAAAUUGAGGUCAUACGGUAUGUACCUUUAAAAAUCCACUGUUUGGAGAAAAUUAAGAGUCUCUAUGUAGAAAAUAGUGAAUUUUUUCAUUAAAAAAUUUUGCUGUUUCAAGUUUUUCAUUUUGAAUUUUGCUUCCAAAGUCUUCUGAUCAACAUAAUAAUUUUUUUCAGAAAAAGAAAAUGUGGAAGAAAAAGAAGAAAAUGGAGACGAAUUGGAUUAUGGAGAUGAAGAGGAGACUGUGACAAAGGAAAAGGUCAGUUUUUUUCGAAUUUUUCACUGUUUUAAAAAUUUGAUUUGAUAAAAUUAACCUUUUUUUUUGACCGAAAAACAAUUUGAAAAUUAAUUCAAAUUAUUUUUAUAUUUUUCAAAAAUCGCUAAAAUUUUCAGCCAGUCACAACUGCCAAAACAACAUCUGAAAAUGGAGAGAAAAAUGAAGAAGAAGUGAAAAAGAAAGAAGCGGAUGUCGAGAAGGAGGAAAAGGUGCGCGAGGUUUCGAACCGUCGCGCAACUUCUCCUUCAUCUAGGUCAGUUUUUUUUUGGGAUGAAUUCAGAAUUCUGGAGAAAAGUUAUCAAAAAAUCUGUACAGAAUUGAGCUGAAACACCUGAAAUUUCACAAAAAUCUCGAUUUUGUUCCAGACAUCCAGUGUCGGAUAUUGUUCACAUUCGUGGUUUGGUUCGUCCGUUCACCGAAAACAAUUUGCGCGCAUUCAUCUCGUCUCACGGUGGAGAAAUUGUCGAUUUUUGGAUUGAUAAAGUCAAAAGUCAUUGUUUUGCAAAGGUUUGUUGAGCGGGAAAUUAAAAAUAGAUUUUUCAUAAACCUGGAAAUGUUAGGUUUCAAGAUUUUUAUUAGUUUUUGACUUGAUUUGUACAUCCUAUUAUCAAUCGAAAUUUGUUCCAAAAUUCAAGAGAAUCCUGAAACAGUACAUUUUUCAAACUAAAAAUAUCUGGUUUUUGGGCAAAAACUUGAAUUUCAAAUUUUGAACGCAGAAAACAAAUUCCUCAUGGAUUUUUUCGCUCUAAGAACUCGAAAAUCAAAUAUUUUCUUAUUUCUACACGGAUUUUUUGAACCCGGAAAAUUUAGGUUUAAGAAAAAUGUUAUAAAUUUUCAGAUGAAUUCUGAGUUUGAUAUUUUAAAUGAAUACGGACCGAAAAUUGAACUGAAAUUUGAAACAGUAAUUUUUGCAGCCUAAAAAUAUCAAUGAAUAAUUCAGGGAAAUUUUUUGGGGCAAAAAUUUAAAUUUUUACACUAAUUUGAAGUUUCCACGUUGAUUUUUCGACCGCCAAAAUUCUAAAUUCUGAUUUUUCCCUAUUUCUACACGGAUUUUUUGAACCCGGAAAGUUAGGUUUCAGAAAAAUUUUAUACAUUUUCAGAUAAAUUCCGAGCUGAGUAUGGAAUCAUUUUUCCAUUUAUUUUCUCAAAUUAAGUUUUAACUUUGAAACAGUGAGAAAAAUUAUGAUCUUCAUCCAAAAUUAUUGAGUUUUCACGUGGAUUUUUGGCCUGAAAACCUCUGAAACAGUAAUUGUUUUUACAGCUGACAUCAAGCGAAAAUGCGGGAAAAGUAUUGACAGCAAUGCAUGAUACACAUUGGCCGGAAAGUAAUCAGAAAUUACUUGUUGUUGUUCAUGACACUGAAGAUAAUGUGAGUUUUUUUGGGUGGAAAUUUGCUGAAAAGAGCUGAAACUUCGAAAUUCAAGCUCAAGCUUCAAAAAAUGCCCAAUUUUUCAGAUGAAUCGAUACAAAGAAGGUCGCGGCGAGGCAAAAUUGCCUGAAAUAGUGACUGUUGGAAGUUUGACGGGUGCAAAACGAGCCGAAAGAUUGUCAUCGAAUCAAUCUUCAGUGGUUGUUGAUGGAAAAUCGAAUUUGAGGAUUACGGUAGGGUUUUUUGGGGGGAUUUUUGGAGGAAAAUUGGCAUAAGAAAUAUCAAAAAAUUUGGAUUUUUUGUGAUUAUGAGUUUUUUGAAACAGUGGGAAAUAUUGGAAAAUUAUUAUUUUCUAUUGAAAAUUUUUUUAAUUAAUUGAUGAAAAAAAUUAAAUUUCAAAAAUUAGAAUAUUUUGAAACUGUGAAUUUUUUUUUUCGAAAAAGUGAGAUUUUCUACAAAUUUACGGAAUUUAUGGUGAAUUCAGUUGAUUGAUUAUUUCUUUUGGAAAAUUUGAGAUUUCCUGAUUUUUUUGAAACAGUGGAAUAUUGCAAAAUUAUUAUUUUCUAUUGAAAAAAAUUUGUAAUUCAUUGAUGAAAAAAUUAAAUUUCAAAAAUUAGAAUAUUUUGAAACAGUGAAAUUUUUUUUCGAAAAAUUGAGAUUUUUUACAAAUUUACGGAAUAGUUGUAUUAGCGAUAAAAAAUCUGAAGUUUUGAAAAUUAGAAUAUUUUGAAACAGUACAUUUUUCUGGAGCAAAAAAAAGAAAAUUUUAAUUUCAGGUCGAAAAUUCGAAAAAACCAGAAUCCCAAGAAUCAUCAGCUGCAGCACCGAUAAAAACCGAGCGAAAAUCGCUGGCUUCUCGACUGACUCGAAUCGAUAAAUCGGGAAAUUCGAUUGAAAUUGGAGCAGCUGGAGAUUCGAGCUCCGAUCGAAAAAGACAACGAUCUCAAACUCCGCCAUUUUCAAAAGUUGUUGAUGAGAAGAGAAAUCGAUUGGAUUCGGAGAGAUUGAGAAGGUAAGGGGUUUUUGUUGAGCUGAAAUUUGAAAUUCUGGAAUUUUUCGAUGAUUUUCAACAAUUUUCAGACCUGAAACUGCGCUCAAAACACCGGAUGAUCUUUUUAUGAAAACGAAAACACUUCCAGCACUUUAUUAUGUACCAUUGACUGAUGAACAGGUUAGAAUUUGUGGGAUUUUUUUUUCCUUGAAAAAAAGUCAAAGAAAAUAUUGGGGAAAUUUCGAAAUAGUGAAUUUUUGAGUGGAAACUUGGUUUUUAAAUUUUUUUGUGUUUGAAACAGUGAAAUUUUUAAAAUUGGGGGUUUUUGAAUUUUUUGCAAAAAACACAUCAAUUAAUUAGAAUUUUAUUUUGGAAAAAUUCUGAAACAGCGAAUUUUUGAGCUUCGAAUAAUUUUUAAUAAAUUGUGAAUGACAAUAGCAUUGAAAUUCAAUUCCAAACAUUUUUUAUUAGAAAAUUUAGAAACAGUGAAUUUUUGAGAAUUGAAAACUCUGAAAUUUUUCAAAGUUCGACUUUUUUGAGGGAAAUUUUUUCGUAGUAGAAAAACCUAACUAACUGGAAAAUUUAGUCAAAAUUCGAUUUUCGAAAAAUUCUGAAGUUAUUCUCAAAUUUUUUAUUUAAAAAAUCUUGAAACAGUGAACUUUUGAGAAUCCUCGACAUUUUACGUUUCAGAAAAAGUUUAACCUAAUUAACUAUUCAUUUAACUAUUCAGACUUUGAAUUGAAACAUUUUUAAAUAUAAAUGAAUAUUUUGAUACCUGAAACUGAAUCCUUGAAAAUCAAAAAAUUGAUUUUCAGAAGUUUUUGUUGAUUUUUUUUCAAGAAAAUUUUAAUUAUUGUAUUGUUCAAAUUGAAAAUCAGGCUGCGAAUAAUAUUAUCAGAAAUUCUUGCAACAGUGAAUUUUUUUUUCAAUUUAGGGUGUUUUUCACUGCAAAAUUACGGUAAUUUUCAGAGUAUUCUGAAUUCUUCUGGAACUUCUUGAGAACUUUAGAAAAAAUCGAUUUUUUCAAAAGUUCCUUCAGUGCGAAAAUGCAAGAAAGUCAUAUAGAUUUUCAUUUAAAAAAAUACGUUCGAAAAUUUUUGAAACAUAAAAUUUGCAGGUUGCCGAAAAAAGAAAAACGCCGCGCAAAUCUGGCCUCAAAUUCAAGCGCAUCUCGAAAUUCAGACAGAGACAGACCGCGCCGCCGUUAUGACUAAAUUUGAAAUUUUUCCCCUCCCAGAAAUUGCCAUUUUCUCCUUUCUCAUUGAAUUAUUUUGCUGGCGUUUUUUCCCCGUGUGUAUCUAUUCCUCCGUAUUAUCGCUCUCUCUCUCCUUUUGUUAUUAUUUAUUUAUUAUUAUUUUAAAAUUUUUCACAAAAAUUCCUCCCAAUCUUUUUUAUUUUUGUCAGGAAUUAUGAUCUUCAUUCUCUGUUUUUAUCAUCAUAAACUUUUUUCAAAAUUGUUUCAAUGUGGCCCAGAAAAACAGUGAAAACCUAGGCCAGUGAAGCAAACGCGCUUCACCGAACAUCAUUUUUUUUCCGGAAAAGAAACUGGAAAUCACAUGUGCCUGUGCACAGGAUACAAUCGAUUUGAUGGCGGAAAGGACUUUUCACAAUUAUCUAGAUCUUCCACCAGAACUCAGAUCUUUUAUUAUUGAUUUUCUGGAAGAUAAAGAGAGGUCAGUUGAUUUUGUUUUGUAUUUGAAAAUGAACAAAUAAUUUGUCAAUAUACAGGUUUCACCUCAAAAAAAUGCUCAAAAAUCUGUCAUGAAGAAGUCAGAAAAUCGAUUCCAUUUACCGAUUUAGCAUGGCGAUCUUUUCUUAACAAACAAGGUUCGAGAAAAAAAGACGAGGGUUCGAUUGAUUUGAAUUUGAAUAUUGGUUAUGGAAUUGAUACGCUGCGAAUUUGGAAAGAGAUCGGAAAUCAGGAAGGGGAAGGAUAUAUUUAUGAGCAAAUGUGAGAUUUGAAUUUAUUGAAAUUGAAAAAUGUGGAUGGCUUAAAACAGAAAUUCCAGUGCAGAGUUAAAUGAAUUUUAAAAAAACACUAGUUCGUAAGCCGCGUGCGGCUGUGCGUCGCGGUCGGGAGGAAUCCAUGAAUUAUUGAUUGUAUCCCGACCGCGACGCAUAGCCGCACGCGACUGACGAAGUAAAAAUCUUUGAACGCGUGCGGUUUGCAACGCGUAUAAAUUUCCAAAAUGAAAUAUUGUCUAGUUUGAACAUGAAAUAGAAUGUACUUAAAACUAGAGAUUUGUUUCGUCAGACUAGACAAUUUUUAAUUGGGGCUGCCGAAAACAAUAAAAACCAGUGCAUAGCUUUGUCAGCCGCACGCGACUGACAAAGUAAUAUUGUUUUUUUUUUCAAAAUUCAAUUUUUCAAAUUUACAGGUCAAAUAAAUCGUUUGUACAUAAAAAGAAGCUUGUUCCCGUUUCUGAUUUGGUGGAAUAUGCGAGAAAUCGAUUAUUCAAAAUGUUGCAAAAAUAUCAGAGAACAAUCCGGCAUUUUUGUGCAACAGGAUAUUUGUUUCAAAUUUCUCCCGACAUGAAUUUUGAUGCAAUAUUCAGUUUGCCGAAAAUCCAAAGUUUCGAAAUAAUCAGCGCUAGAAGUGAUGCAACAAAAAUGCUGGAAUUGGUGUCGAAGAUUUCUCCAAGUUUGGAAUUCUUAAAAAUCAAAGAUCAUUUCAAAAUUCCCAAUUUUCAAUUGAAUGUCGAGAAUUUGUCAGCGGAAAUAGUUGAAAUCCCGUGUGAUUGUAAUAUUUUGAAAGCAGAAGAUGUUGUUAGAAUUGUGAGAGCUUGGCAAAACGGAUCGAAAAAUAUUGUGCAUUGGACUUUCAGAAAUAUUGAUUUGCCUGAUUUCGCUCCAAAACUAUUCAAGUUACUAGGUUUACCUUAUACACCGAAAGUUCGUGAGGGAUCUGGAAUUCUUCACAAUUAUCGACAAAGGAUUGAUGAUCGAAGGAAUAUCGAAAUAAUGUUCCCAUCUUCAGAAUUAUAUUUGUAUUCGAGAUUUUUUGAAAGAGAUCAAGCAUACAAAUCGUCCAAGUCUCCGAAGGUUUUUCAAAUUCAUAGCUUGUUGCCACAAAAAUUCCACAAAUCAUUAAAAUUAUAA